UUGUGCGCGCAAAAGUUUGUUUACAUAUACAUACUGGGUUGGUGUUUGCGAGGUCAAUUAAAAAAUUGUUAACUUUUCAUAGUGGAAAAAGUGUGUUUGAAAUGGAUCCGGAACAGACGAGGAAUCCCUUAGAGGAGUCCAGUGUCACAAUGGUUGAUGUUUUGCAAGAAGAACGCGAAUUGGAAGAGGAAUAUAAUGCCGUGCUUGGUGCAUCCGAUGAAAAUUGUUGCACAUACUCCCGAGGUUCGAUUAAACGGCAAGCCCUCUACUCUUGCUUGACUUGUUGUCCAGAUGCUCUCACGGACUUGGAUAAGUGUGCUGGAAUUUGUUUAGCAUGUUCUUAUCGCUGUCACGAAAAUCACGAGCUUAUCGAGUUAUAUACUAAGCGUAAUUUUCGAUGUGAUUGCCCUACAGAACGCUUUGCAGGUCAAAACCGCUGUUUGCUUAAUUCAGAGAUGACUGCGCUACAAGUGCGCAAUGCCGAAAACUUGUAUAACCAAAACUUUCAGGGCUUAUACUGCAAGUGUCGCCGGCCCUACCCGGAUCCAGAGCGGACAACAGAAGAGGUGAUGCUGCAGUGUACUGUUUGUGAGGAUUGGUUUCACGUGCAUCAUUUAGAUGCGCCAGCAUCGACAGCAAAGAUAGCAGAGACCGAUGUCUGUGGUGAAAUGAUUUGUUGCGAUUGCAUGCAAAAGCACACAUUCUUGCAGGACUACACAGGACUGGCGCUACAAAUGCCAGAUGAUCCAGACGUUUCCGUGGCUAAUGUGAAAGUUGUUGCCGAUACUUCUUUGCGUGAGGAGAAUGACAACAAGUUGCAUUCAGAUUUAGAUAAGAGCAUAUCGGACAUAAUGAAUAUGACCGAGAUCAAAACAGCAGCAUCUGCAGAAAAUGGGCAAUCGUCAUGUGAGCCAAGUGAAGCCGUUGAGAAAUGUACCGAGGAUAUUUGUUCAAAAGCUAAACGGCGGAAGGUUGAAAACGACCAAGAAUUUAAUGAGCAGACAGAAGAACACUGCCGACGCCCUAGAAGAAAACAAGAGUACCCAGGAGGUCCUACAUUUUGGACCAAUGACUGGCGAGCAGCAUUAUGCCAAUGUUCUCAAUGCUUGGCUUUAUAUAAAUCCGAAAAAGUCGAGUACUUAUUGGACACAGAAGACUCAGCAAAAUCUUACGAAGAGCGAGGCAAGCAACGUGGGACAACUGAAUCCACAUAUGAACAAGGUAUACGUGCCUUGGCUUCCAUUGGUCGGGUGCAGCAAAUAGACGCUAUAACCGAGUACAACCGCAUGAAAGAUAAAUUGAAAGAGUAUUUACAAACGUUCGCUGUUACCAAAAAAGUCGUCACUGAGGCUGACAUUAAUCGUUUUUUUACUGAGAUGCGCAACGAAAAAAAUGCAGGCAUAGGACAGCCACACUUUUGUCGCUAGGUCGAAAAUUAAAGACGGCAUAUGAAUCUGAAAAUAUGAUCCUUAUAUGAUAAGUUUAAAUACACACCAUACAUAAUUUCAUUCAAAUGUCGUACAUAAGUACAAAUACAUCAAUACAAAUUCAGUAUAUCGACUUUUUAUGAAAAAUGUUCCCCUUACUUCUUGUUUCCAUUCAGAAUUAUUCCCUGCACAUGUCUAAAUUAUUAUGCAUUAAAUUAGAAAAUUUGUAUGUAUAUUUUUGAGGAAGCUUAAAAAAUCAAUAAAUGUGAAUUAAAAUUUGAAAUCAA